UGUCGUGAUUACAGUUGAGUAGAGACUGAGAGAGUGAGAGAGGGCACCUUGCGUUCAUCACAGUUUUAUCGUUGUCUAAGUUUAGAUCUUGGCUCACGGACGGCUUCUCAAGUAACAAGGCUGCAGGCGCACUCCGGCCACUCCACACUGACACGGAGCUCCACACAUAGCUUUAAAGGGAGGAAAAGCUACAGAAAAAGUGGCAAGUCACAAGAACAUAAGAGGAGAGGCAGGGGAGAAAGCCAGAGACUUUCAUGUAAGAUUUCAAACAGGAGAAACCCAGACGGAGAGACAAAAUCAGACUGAUUCUGUUUGGAAACAACUCUUCACCACGCCACUUCAUCUCUGCCUCUUACCUGCCGGGACUGGACAAUGACAGAGGAAGCAGAAGUGUUUCCCACCUCUAGUUCUGAGCAACAGGCUCCACACUUUCUACAAGAUGUCAUCUUCCACGGCAAGUUUAAGCUGCUGAAGGCUCUAACCCCCGAGGAGAACACCCUCUGCCAGCACGGCCUCUACUUCCAGGACGGUCAGCGGCGGGUCGACUACAUCCUCACCUACCACGUGAAGAAGCCGGCCGGGGGCCGCUCUGGCCGACAGCCAUCGCACCUGCUCACUGAAAACGCUGUCGCCCGCAGCCUACGCCGGGGCCCCCAGAGCUUUGGCGAACAUUUCCGACAUCACCAAGCACAAAGGGCGAGAGACUCGUCGUCCCUGCCGUCAGCACCGGUGGCCGACGUGGAGCUGGGCUGUCCUGGAGAGACCUUCAAUGGUCAGGAGGAUCACAAGGUGUUCAGGAGGAAGGAGUUUGAAGGGAAACUGAGAGACAUGGGGCUGGAGCUGGAGAAAGAUGAGGAUACCAAGAUUGCAGGGGUGGGCUUUGUGAAGAUUCACGCUCCCUGGAACAUUCUUUGUCGAGAGGCCGAGUUAAUGAAGCUAAAGAUGCCCACCAAGAAGGUGUAUGAAGUCAAGCAGUUGAGUGGUGUUGUGGAGAAGAUCAGCUCCCUGGUCAGUAAAGUUGUUGAACCUCUCCACCCUCAUGUUGAGGAGCAUCAACCCAAGAACUUCAAACACCUUUCACACACUUUCUCCAGGGAGAAACAACACCUGUUUGACCUCUCAGAUAAAGAUGACUUCUUUGACAGCAGAACCAGGAGUUCAAUAGUUUUUGAAAUACUCAAAAGAACAAAAUGCAAGGCCAAGUACAGCAUGGGUAUCACCAGUCUCCUGGGGAGUGGUAUCUAUACAGCAGCGUAUCCUCUUCACGAUGGAGACAUUAAUCAGGAGAGCUUCAAUGACAGAAAGCUUUUGAAUGACGAGUGGGCAAACUACAGUGUCUUCUACAAGUACCAGCCCAUCGGACUUGUGCGGAAGUAUUUUGGCGAGAAGAUUGGUCUGUACUUUGCCUGGUUGGGUCUGUACACCCAGAUGUUGAUUCCUGCCUCUGUAGUGGGAGUCAUUGUGUUCCUGUAUGGAUGUGCAACAGUUGAUGACAACAUACCAAGCAUGGAGAUCUGCCACCCAAAGAACAACAUCACCAUGUGUCCUCUGUGUGACAAAGUGUGCAGCUACUGGAAACUUAGCACCGCCUGUGCAACCGCCCGGGCCAGCCACCUGUUCGACAACCCUGCCACCGUUUUUUUCUCUAUAUUCAUGGCCCUGUGGGCUGCCAUGUUCAUGGAGCAUUGGAAGAGGAGGCAGAUGAGACUGAACCAUGAAUGGGACCUGACUGGAUUUGAAGACGAGGAGGAAGCUCUCAAGGACCACCCCAGGGCGGAAUAUGAGUUCCGGGUCAUGCAGAAGUCUUUGAGCAAAGAUAAAAAAUCACAUCACAAGAUUGAAAAGCUCACAUGUCAAGACCGCCUCCCAGCCUACAUGACUAAUGUUGUCAUGAUGCUAUUAAUGAUUGGUGUUACGUUUGCCAUUGUGUUUGGUGUGAUCCUCUACCGGAUCUCCACCAAAGCCGCUCUUCACAUGAGCUCCAAUCCGGUCACCCGGAGCCAUGUCCAGCUGACGGUUAAAACCACCGCCGCCAUCAUCAACCUGGUGGUGAUCCUCAUACUGGAUGAGGUGUAUGGAGCUGUGGCACGCUGGCUCACUGUGUUAGAGGUUCCUAAGACAGACAAGAGCUUUGAGGAACGACUAAUCUUCAAGACCUUUAUUCUCAAGUUUGUGAAUGCGUUCACCCCCAUCAUCUACAUUGCUUUUUUCAGGGGAAGACUGGUAGGCAGACCUGGCAGCUACCUGUACGUGUUUGAAUCCUACAGAAUGGAAGAGUGUACUCAUGGAGGCUGUCUGAUGGAGCUGUGCAUCCAGCUGAGCAUCACCAUGUUGGGAAAGCAGCUCAUUCAGAACAAUCUUUUUGAGAUUGGAGUACCCAAGCUGAAGAAGCUGAUUCGCUACAUUCGCUCAAAGCAAGGGGCUUUUCAAGAAGAAGAGAGACAGAAGAAGCUGCAGAGAUAUGAAGCGGACCACUUCCUGGAACCAUUUGCUGGGUUAACACCUGAAUAUAUGGAAAUGAUCAUCCAGUUUGGUUUUGUGACAUUGUUCGUGGCAUCCUUCCCCCUGGCACCGCUCUUUGCUCUGCUCAACAACAUCAUUGAAAUACGACUUGACGCUAAGAAAUUUGUGACGGAGUUGCGAAGACCAGUGGCAGCAAGAGCCAAAGACAUUGGUAUAUGGUACAACUUACUAAGAGGGGUAGCAAAUGUGGCCGUCAUCAUUAAUGCAUUUGUCAUCUCCUUCACUUCAGACUUCAUCCCCCGAAUGGUCUACCAGUACAUGUACAGCCCUGAUGGCUCCAUGCAUGGAUUUGUCAACAAUACGCUGUCCUACUUUAAUGUCAGCCACUUCCAGGAAGGCAAAGAACCCAUGGAUCCGUUGUACCUCGGCUACACUGUUGAGAUGUGCAGGUAUAAGGACUACAGAGAACCCCCUUGGUCAACCACUCCAUACGAGAUCUCAAAGGAAUUUUGGACAGUGCUAGCGGUCCGACUAGCCUUUGUCAUUGUUUUCCAGAAUGUUGUGAUGCUGAUGAGCGACAUUGUGGACUGGCUGAUUCCGGACAUCCCUAAAGACAUCAUCCUCCAGAUCCACAAGGAGAAGAUUCUCUUGGUAGACCUCUUCUUGAAGGAAGAGCAAGGAAAGAUCUGUGCUCGUGAAAGCAGGGCCGCUACGGGGGUUAAGGAGAACUGCAGCAGGAGCAACAACAACAACAACAGCACAACUGCCCCCCCAGGCUCAGGACUGCACACCCACAGCACUAAAAGCCUCUAAUGUAAUGCUAGCAACAAUGAAUUCUCAGCUGGUGUAGUGGAGUUGUUAGCAUUAGAAAGUAUUGGUUAGCAAGUCUUGCUACCAGUCUACUAGCUCAGGCUACAUUUACGCUACA